UUAUUUCACUACUGGAAUGCGGUCACACCGAGAGUGACAGCCGCUAUGGACAAGGACCGGGACAUGCUGGAUAAUCUUCAGCAGGGGAUCUUGGACACUGCCGGAUUGGACGAGGACACUAUCCAUCGCUAUGUGUCCUUCAUGCGGGAACUACGUCAUCCCCAAGGCAUUCCAGUGGGUGUGGCCGCGGAACGACUGCGCCAGUGGCUGGAGGAGGUGCGAGCGAGAGGCCAGAGCGACCUGUUGCGGAAUUGCCAGCUGUGGCUAAACGAGCUGAUCCUCGGCAGAAAGGUGAUCCUGGUGCGGCCACAGAUGCUUCUACAGUGGCUCUUGGAUGGCAGACAGCAGGACAAGACCCCAGUGGAACUUAAUCUAAUCCUGACUGUGCUGAAGACGCUGCCAAAGGAGGAACUUCGUCUCUACUGGAGAGAAUUGGCCACUUUCCCCUACUCCAACGAUGUCAGCUGCGCUGUGCUGGUCGUGCAGUGUCAGGAUCUGGUUCUUGCUGAUUUAGAGCAGUCUCAGGAUGGUGAUACUAACAGCUGUCGGCAAUUGGCCAAUACCCUUAUAAACCACUUCUACGAGGGUGUUUGGCUGAAAAAUUCCAAAGAGGAGCAGUGGUCGCUACUGCUCUCCCACUCGCUGCAUCUGCUGCAGAGGAUUGUGGCCAAGCAGCCGGACUUUGCUACCCAAAAUGUCCCGGAGUUGAUGGGUCUGGUCCAGGCCUACAUGAUCUUCGGAACUGAAGAAGCGUCAGCCCGGAACCAGCCACCUCGUAGGGUGCAGCCAGCCCAACAGUCGGCAGCCUAUGGCCAGGACGAUGAACUCGAGCUGGAGCCGCAGCCUUCACAGAAACAACGCACGGGCGGGCGGAAGAACAAAACGAGAAAGAUGCGGUCGCUGGCCCGGCAACGGAAUCAGUCAACAAAUGAUGUUCAGGAGACUAAUCCCCGGGACCGUGUGCUGCUAACUGGGCACCUGGACUAUGGCUGCCUAACUGGAGAUUCUGGGGAGAACUGCCCCGUCUCGGACUCCGCGGGAGACCCACAAUCGUCGGGAUUGCGUCAAGAGCGCAAUCUCCAGGCCAAAGUGAGAAUAUCAGCUCUGCAUCUUCUGGGAUCGUUGGCGAAGAAUCUGCCCCGCCGUUUCUUGUACGGCUACUGGCACAUACUUUUCCCAAGCGGAGAACAUGGAGCUACCAACAGUCAUCUUCUGCUCCUGGGACACACGGACACAAAUGCCCGUUGCCGAGCAGUCGCAUUGCAACUGGCUGCCCAAAUUCUAUACGGAUCGAAGUCAUUCCUGAGCCAGGCCAGCUCCCAAGGACCCAGUAACUACACACCCUUCGCCAUGAGCCUGGCCAGCUCCCUGAUGAGCUCAUACCGAUGCCUGAGCAGCAUCCUGGAACGAGAGUACGCCCCGCCCGUCCUGACGCAGGGCCUCAAGUGCUUGGCGGUUCUAGUUCAGGCCACGCCCUUUGAGCAGCUGGAAAUGGGCUUCGUCUACGAGUUUGUGGGCCACGUAAAGAAGCUGGCCAAAAGCGGAGACAUUCCCGUGGUUGUUUCAGCCCUUCUUGUAAUGGAAAUGCUGCUGUCCUCGCCACGACUCACCCCGGAGAUGGCCAGUGCAGUGGGUCUCUCGCCAAGUCAACGUAAUCUGCAGCUGGAAGAUGUGCAAGGUGCGGAACAGGACUAUCUGGACUCGGAUGCGGAUGUGGAAUUCGAAGAGGAUGCAGAGCCAGAACCAUCGGAGCAGAGUGAAAAGCCUACAGUUCCAGCUGAUCAAACACGACUUCCUCCCAUUCCUCGCAACUCCUGGCUACUGCGGCAGGUGCUCCGAUACUUGGAAAGUCUGGGCACAGCUCCACCCAUACGCGUGGAGUGCUAUCAGGUGCUCCUGGCCAUGGGCACGCACAUCGGCCUGUUGCGCGGGCAUCAAACAAGGCUGUGCAGGGUGAUUAUGGCAGGACUUGGGGACGCAACCUUCGAUGUGCGACUGUAUGCCGCCCGAUGCCUGGACUCCGUGGGCUACCAACUGGGCAGACUAGUGCCGGAGUCGUCAGAGCGAGAAUCGCAGCUAUCCUUCUGGCUGCACUUGCUGCCUGUUGUUUACACGGCCUACCAUGAAGCUGCCGGAGCAUCAUUGAAGUGCGCCCUGUGCGAUGCCCUGUCGAACAUUGGAACCUUUACCUUCGAGAGACUGUCCCUGGGCCACAGGAAUGCCCUGCUGGCAUUCCUCAGCGGCUGUGCUAGUGACGAUGGCGAGGAGCCGCUGGUCAGAGCUGCUGCUCUCCGGGCAAUGGCCGUCUAUGUUCUGCAUCCGUCCCUAAAGGGGGAUCUGGUCUUUGUGGAGAAUGCGGCGGAGCUGUCACUAUAUUUGGUAAACGACACCCAACUGGUGGUGCGCACCAAGGCGGCCUGGGCCUUGGGCAAUAUCAGCGACGCCCUACUCGGCGGCGUAACCCAACACUCGGAAAGGAUCUCAGAGGAACUCCUAGGACGUCUCAUCCAAGCGGCCACCAAAAGUUGCGGGGACCACGACAAGGUGAAAGCCAAUGCUGUGCGGUCCCUGGGCAAUCUCCUCCAGGUCCUCCAGCUUCAGCCGGGCGCGAACUCCGAGCAGAUGCAGCUGGCCAUAUCCAAGCUGCUGGAUUGCGUAAAGAACGCCAGCAGUGCGAAGGUGAAGUGGAAUGCCUGCCACGCCAUCGGGAAUCUGGUGCGACACAGGGCCUUCUUCGCCACCACCCACCUAGCGGGCAUAUUAUUUCCCGCCCUCAGUCAACUAAUCGUCCAGCAUGCCAACUUCAAGGUGCGAAUCAAUGCCACAGCUGUGCUCCUUCAGUUGGAGCAGCGGCAGGAUUUGGGCAACCAUUUUGCCCUGGUGUGGCGUUCAAUCCUAGAGGCGCUCGAGCGCUCCAAUGCCCUGGACAGUUUUGAGGAGUACAAUCAUCGCGACGCACUGCAGCAACAGCUUUGUCUCGCCAUUGCCAAGCUUCUGGCACUGGCAAAGGCCGCGGAUUUGCCCGGAAUGCGUGAAGCUCUCGAGGAGGAUCGGCUGGAGGCUGUGCGUAGCACCUGGCGCCGUGUCGCCUACCGCAUCGUUCCCGAGCAGUCGGCUCCCCUCUUCACCUGCAUUCCGCUACUGGAGCAGCGACUACAAGCCGAGACGGUCCUACCCCAGCAGCGUUCAUCGUUGGCGUUCGUAGCCAGAAACCUCAAGCUAGAUCCGUAGACAAUGAUCUUUGUAACUAAUGGCCCAGCCAGACUUCAUUAUUACUCACCUGUAUUUCGGGUAUCCCUCAAAUAAACCCUUCAAUGUUUAUAACAUA